AUGUUUGCUGAAGCACUGCUUGCAAUGUUACUAUCUACAAGUGGAGUCAUUUGUUUGAAACUGGUACAUGCGUCAUCGCCCACAGAGUCUCCAUCAGAUAGUGAAGAAAACUAUUAUCCAUGCUUCAAUGAUCUAAACUGUGCAUUAGGAGCCGAGAAGAAAGCGCAAAUCCAAGCAUGUGUGCACUUACUUCAAAAUGAGAGCAAAGAUCAAGUGUUUCAACUGAUCAGAGACGCGUCAAAAGGUUUCAUAACUACAAACACUAUUGAGGGAAUUCAAGAGGAGUUUUGCACUACGGAGAAAUUUCGAAGAAGAGAAGGAUUCAACACCAUGGUAACACUAACUUACGAUUAUUUUAUGACGAAUUGCAAAGACUCAUCAGAUAUCUGUGAAAAUAUUCAGGACUCGAUGAAGUGUGUCUUAGAUAUUAUUAAUGAAACUUUUGAAGAGAAGAAAUGCGGAAAAAUUCAUGAUCUACAGAAAGGAAAGAUGAAAUGAACACCAUUCGAUCCUUUUUACUUCAAUCCUAAACAUUCUAAUGUCUAUUAAAUAUGUAAACUAAA